AUGGGUAUCAUUAUUUAGUUAUGUAGAGCCAGCUAAACAUUUUUCAACUUAUUAGAUGUUUAAUUCCAUGUAUAAGUUUAAGAAGAAUUAGUAUAGUAUUUCCGUUAACUUUAUCAGUAGCUGA